AUGACUUGGAAUAAAUCUGAAGAAGAAUCAAGAAAAUUAUUAGAUGAUGUGAAUACAUGGCAUCCAAAUAUUAAAUUAGAUUAUAAAAUUAGCAAUAGUCUUCCAUUUCUUGGUGUACAGCUUACAAAUAAUAAUGGCAUACUAUCUACAUGUGUCUAUCAUAAACCUUCAGCUGAACCAUAUGUUACACCAUUUAUAUCUGAUCAUCCUCGACAUGUUUUUUCAAAUAUUAUCAAAACUUCUAUUGAACAUGCAACAAGAUAUUCAUCAACAUUUGAAGCAUUUAAUUAUGAACGAUGUUACAUUAAAUUGAUGUUAUUAUACAAUGGUUAUCCAUCAACGUUUAUUGAAAAUGAAUUUCACAAAUACUUUUCAGAAUAUAUAUCAAAAUCACCAUUUCUACCAUUAAUUGAUGACGAACAAAAAUAUUUUCUUCUGCGAAAACAAAUAUUAGGUCAACCAACACCUCGGCAAACACAAGUCGCAUUGAGUGCAGCCCUGGCUGACAUUGACAACGAUCCACUAGAUGAUGAUGAGAAACAACAACCAAACCCAGACCCAAAAAAAUCUGAAGAAAACAUCUCAAACAUUAACCAAAAAUUCUUUACUCAUUUCACCUAUGAAAAACGUUUCAAAACAUCCAAACGAGAUAUGCGUCAAGUAUACCAUGAUAUAUUUAAAGAUAUACCAGCCAUGUACACAAAACUGAUUGUUGGUAACCGCAUCCAUCGUCAAACACACAAUGAACUCAUACGCAAACGCCCAAAUAAAAACUUGUUACGAAACACAACAAUAAUCAAAAAUAAAUUCGAAAAAAAAACUAUGAACCCACAACAAACUACAAUUAUCCCCGAGCCUCCAUCAACCGAAUACAAAUGA